AUGACGGACGAAAGCUUAUCACCUUUUCACCGGAAUCGAGUGAGAUUGCCUCGGAAACAGCGUCGGCAUGAAUCUUCCAAUAAAGCCAAUCGACAGCUGGUCAAGAGGAAUCGGCCGUCGUCUUCUGGUGGAAGCGACCUUCGAGUCUCUUCACUGAACACUUUCCCUCGAAAUGGAAGUAGGCUUGACCGGAAUCCUCGGUUUCCACGAGCUCGGCAUCUUCGUUCUGGAACAGAGGCUGGCUACGAAAGUAGCAUUCAACUUAUAAUCAAGUUACAAAUAGUCUCCAAGGCACAAAUUUAG